GAAAAGCCAACAAACUUUUUUCUAGAUAAGAUUUUCCCACAAGUGCACAACGCCCCUCUCUCUCUCUCUCUCUCUCUCUCUCUACAGCCCACAGUCGCGCAAUCCGGUCAAGAGAGAAAGCCAUGGAGGAGAAAUGCGAACAAGGGUCUCCAACGGGUUCAAGUAUGGAAUCCGAAGGACAGGGAAGACUAUACGAGGCGUACAACGAGCUACACGGGCUAGCUCAGGAGUUGGAGACCCCAUUCGACGCGCCGGCGGUGCUGGUGGUGGGCCACCAGACCGACGGCAAGAGCGCCCUCGUGGAAGCCCUGAUGGGCUUCCAGUUCAACCACGUCGGCGGCGGCACCAAGACCCGCCGCCCCAUCACCCUCCAUAUGAAGUACAACCCCGAUUCCCACUCCCCUCUCUGCCACCUCAUCUCCGAUUCGGACCCCUCCCUUGCCCUGCACAAGUCCCUCCAUGAAAUUCAGGCAUACAUUGAAGCUGAAAACAUGAGGUUAGAGAACGAGCCCUGCCAAUUCUCUGCCAAGGAAAUCAUAAUCAAAGUAGAAUAUAAAUAUUGUCCAAACCUCACCAUCAUAGACACUCCAGGACUAAUUGCUCCUGCACCCGGUCCGAAAAAUCGAGCUUUACAGGGCCAAGCUCGUGCAGUGGAGUCUCUAGUUCGAGCUAAGAUGCAGCAUAAAGGGUUCAUCAUAUUAUGCCUUGAAGAUUGCAGUGAUUGGAGCAAUGCAACAACACGGAGGGUGGUAAUGCAAAUUGAUCCUGAGCUUUCAAGGACUCUGAUUGUCUCAACAAAGCUAGAUACAAAAAUACCCCAGUUUGCACGUGCUUCAGAUGUGGAAGUUUUUCUUUCACCACCUGCAUCUACUCUUGAUGGCUUCAUGUUAGGUGACUCACCCUUUUUCACAUCUGUGCCUUCAGGAAGAGUGGGUUCUGGACACGAGUCUUUUUAUAGAUCAAAUGACGAGUUUAAACAGGCUAUUUCUUUAAGAGAGGUAGAAGACAUAGCAUCUUUGGAGGAGAAGUUGGGACGUCCACUCUCAAAGCAGGAAAGAAGUAGAAUAGGUGUGAGCAGCCUCAGGCUAUUCUUGGAGGAGUUGCUGCAGAGAAGGUAUAUGGAUAGUGUUCCACUGAUCAUUCCGCUUCUUGAAAAAGAAUAUAGGAGCACAACAAGAAAGCUAAAUGAAAUAAAUCAGGAACUCAGCACCUUGGAUGAAGUAAAACUGAAGGAGAAAGGAAGAGCUUUCCAUGAUCUAUUCCUGACCAAGUUGUCACUACUGCUGAAAGGGACCGUUGUUGCGCCUCCAGAUAAGUUCGGGGAAACACUACAAGACGAGAGGAUUAAUGGAGGGGCACUCAUUGGCAUUGAUGGUCUUCAGUUCCCACAGAAGAUAAUACCUAAUUCAGGAAUGCGUCUUUAUGGGGGUGCUCAAUAUCACCGUGCAAUGGCUGAAUUCCGUUUUGUUGUCGGAGGAAUCAAAUGCCCUCCAAUCACACGUGAAGAAAUAGUAAAUGCAUGUGGAGUCGAAGAUAUUCAUGAUGGAACAAAUUAUUCUAGGACAGCUUGUGUGAUUGCUGUUGCAAAGGCCCGUGAAACAUUUGAGCCCUUUCUUCAUCAGUUGGGUGUUAGACUCUUGCACAUUUUGAAGAGAUUGCUCCCCAUCUCUGUCCAUCUUCUUCAGAAAGAAGGUGAAUUCCUUAGUGGCCAUGAGGUAUUUCUAAGGCGUGUUGCCUCUGCCUUCAACAGAUUUGCAGAAUCCACUGAAAGAGCAUGCCGUGACAAGUGUAUGGAGGAUUUAGUGAGCACCACCCGUUAUGUGAGCUGGUCUCUGCACAAUAAGAAUCGGGCUGGAUUACGUCAUUUCUUGGACUCAUUUGGUGGAACCGAACAGUCUGUUAGCAGUGGUAAUUCAGCAUCCGCUGUUGUUUCUCAGGAGUCAUCGUUUGGAUCAGUGGCUAACGAAAAACAGGACCCUAAGGCAAGGCCAGAUGUAAAACUCAGUCAACUGGCCUCUGGCAUUGACUCGAGCACCAGUAUGCAGUCAACAGAGAUGAGGCUUGCAGACCUUUUAGAUAGCACGCUAUGGAACAGGAGGCUUGCCCCUUCAUCUGAAAGGAUUGUUUAUGCUUUGGUACAACAGAUAUUCCAUGGAAUCAGAGAGUACUUCCUGGCUUCUGCAGAAUUAAAGUUCAACUGCUUUCUCCUGAUGCCCGUUGUGGACAAGUUGCCAGCACUACUCCGGGAGGACUUAGAAUCGGCAUUUGAAGAUGAUAUGGAUAGCGUUUUUGAUAUUACUAAUCUGCGGCAUUCGUUGGGGCAACAGAAGAGAGAUACCGAAAUCGAACUGAAACAGAUACAAAGGCUUAAAGGAAAAUUCAGACAGAUUCAUGAGCAGCUUAAUUUGCAUCAGGUCUUGUUGAGGCCGUAGCUGGCUUCUGAAUCUGGCUGAGAGCAUUUUGAUGUGAACUGUACAUUUUUCAUCCCAAACAUGUAUAACAAAAAAUAUGUGUGAUAUGUGAUUCUGAACUUAUUUCUUCUUUCACUUGAAUUCUUUGUUUCAAUUUUUGAGAAAGAGAAUUGUCAUAGAAAUGUUAGGUACUUUGUAUCUUUUGGCGGCAGAUGCGUGCCUGAGUUCAAAAUCAGAUUAAUUUUCGGUUUA